CGCAAGUAUUCUUUGCUCUGAUUGGUCGUUUGUUUUUCCAUCAUGCGGUCUUGAUUUCAAAUCCGGAAGUGAAUUUAUGAACGCAUGUUCGGUCUUUUAAACUCAAUUAAAAGUGGUAUUUUCAAGCGUAUUAGGCUAUGAUGUCUGGCGCGUGUUUUCUGCGUAAAGUGUCUCUCUGCUCACCAGUGGGGGAGAUCAUGUUGAGUGGAUGUGAGAUGGGGGUACACACCAUUGACAUCCAAGUGGAAAAAAGGUCAAGUGGUUAUUGGCUUGCUCAGCAUAUGGUAUCUUAUGGCCAGACAGAAAUAAGCUCUGAAUUACAGCGCUGUAUUGACUGGCUUCAGUGCUACUUCAUCCACCCGGAGUCAGUUAGCUCUCUUCCUCCACCUGCCUUUCACCAUCCACUUCUCCAGAGCGACUCCUUUACUUCACGUGUGCUUUGGACACUGUUUAAGGAGGUGGGGCUUGGUAAAACUGUCUCUUAUAAGCAGCUUGCUGAAAUGGCGGGGAACCCAAAGGCUGUACGAGCAGUAGGCGGAGCCAUGAGAAGAAACCCGAUUCCUCUCAUAGUUCCAUGUCAUCGGGUGCUGUGCAGUUCAGGUUCAAGUGGACGAUACAUGGGAGGGAAAGGAGAUCAUAUUAAAGUUUGGUUGCUCACUCAUGAGAAGAAGGCUUUGGACGUCAGUCCAGAAAAAAAUUAAAAAAGUCCACUUAAGGGUCACCAGUGACUUUUUUUCUGCAUUACUGCUCGUUCAAAGAAAAAAUAGAGAUGUUUGUCAUUUAAGUUGAGCUUGAAAAAGGCUGAUGUGUUUCACUUGAGCAAAUGGACUCGUUCUUUUAGUCCAUUUAUAGUUUCCUUUCUGUUUCUAUUUGGAAAUGUUUUUCAAAGCAUGCGGUUUGUUCAGUUACCAAGCUGAUCAGUACAGAGUUUGAAUUUUGUUUAGACUGUUAUGUUACGUUGACAUUGUAUAAAUGUUAUUGAUUAAUCAGUACAGUGUAUGCUUGCGAUCAACCAAGCUUUUUUUGUAAUCCCAAGGAUUGUGGCAAAAGUUUAGAAAUGGUAAUUUCUUCAAGUUUCAUAUUUUGAUAUUGUUGAUAUUGUCAUAUUUUUCCCUGAAAUGCAUAUUAAUAGUUUUAUACUAGAUAUUUUGUAGUAUAUUUAUCUUUUAUUUGCAGACCUCUUUUUAGGGAUAAAUAAGAAAUGUUUAAAAGAAAUAAACAACUCUGUAAAGAAUCUGGAUUUUUUUUAAUGACAUCAGUGCCUAAGUACAUUUAUACAAGUACGUUACAGUGGAUCCAUAGUUUAUUACAGUGGUUUUCAAACUGGGGGCCGCGAGAUGGUGCCAGGGGGGCCCCAGUUUUAUGACAUUUUAUGAAAUACAUUAAUUUAUCAUGAAU